UUGCAAAAAAUUUUCAGGAUAGAAACAAGAAUUUAAAAAAAAGAAGGGCUAAAAUUUCAACAAUUUUUUUUUUUUUUAUUAAAAUAUCUUGAAUAAAUUAAAUACAAACAAAAUUUACAUAAAAUCAAACAAAUAACGUUUAUGCUAUAUUGAAACGCCAUAUUUUAAAUUUUUAAUGCAAGUGUAUAAAAAAUAAUCCAGAAUAUAAAUGUAAUUAGUAAAUAUUUUAACACAAAUACAAAAUAAAUAAAAAUAUACUACAAUAUAAUUGGAAGACUUUAUAAAAUUUCGGAGCAAAAUUGGAAUUAAAUUAUUAAUUAUAUAGUGAUUUAAUCAUAAAAUGUCUACAAAAAUGGCAAUGAUAAUAAAAACAACAUCAAUAUUUCAUAUAUUAUUAGUUUUACCGUUAUUAUAUUUAAUAUUAAUCAACGGUAACAGUUUAGUGACUGCAUCACAAGCAACAAAUUGCAGUCAAGUUAAUUGUCCACCACUAUCAGAAAUCACAUGUCCUGAUGACAGUUUUGUACGGGAAACAAAUGAAGAAACAAAUGUUAUUGCAUCACCUGAUGAUUAUAAAAUUGUUAAAGAAGUUUUUAUACAAUGUUGUGUUACACAAAAAUGCGCCUGUCGCACCUGUCACAUACCAUCAUGUGAUAAUUCAUCUUUAAUUAUAAUGGAAUUACAACCAGAAACCGAAAUACCAGGAAAAUGUUGUGGAAAAUAUGAUUGUCAAAUUGAACCGAAUUGUUCUGAAAUAAAUAAUACAGAAAAUUAUUGGUUAACAGAUUGUAAACGUUGUAAAUGUAAUAAUGGUAAAAAAGAAUGUAUUGCUGUAUGUGAUGAAUCAAUUAAUCAAAUAAUACCUCGUAUACCAAAUCUUAAUGAUACUGAUAUUGAUAAUGAUGAUAAUAAUAGUAAUUUAGGUGCAUGUUAUUCAAAAAAAUUAAAUCAAUUCUUUAUGAAUGGUGAAAAAUGGAAAGAAGAUAAUGAUUGUACACAAUGUGAAUGUUUUGGUGAACAUGCUAAAUGUGAAGAAAUUUGUAAUAUAAUACCACCACAACCAUCAUUAUUACCUGUUAACGGAAUUAUGAAUAAUGAAAUUUCAACAAUACCAACAUGUAUAUCAAGUCAAUUAAAUAAAAUCUUUAGUAAUGGUGCUAAAUGGGAAGAAGAUAAUUGUACACGUUGUGAAUGUGUUAGUGGUGUAAAAAUAUGUCAUGAUUCUUGCCAAAAUCCAUUAUUAGAAAGAUUCGGUCCGAUUAAUUGCAUUUCAACAUAUUUACAACGUUCAUUCGGUAAUGAUGAAACAUGGCAUGAAGAUGACGGUUGCUCAUUUUGUAAAUGUGAAAAUGGUGAAAAACAUUGUCAAACAAGUUGGUGUAAAGCACCAAAUUGUAAAAAUCAAGUUAAAAUACCUGGUGAAUGUUGUUCACGUUGUCUUGAAGAUGAAAAUAUUAAUAUAACAUCAAUACCAUCAAUAACAACCGAAUCAGAAGAAACUGAAAGUCCAGCUGAAAUAAAUAUUGUAACACCAAUCAUUUUAAUACCAAAUAAUAAUUCAACAACAACAACAAUAUCAUCCGGAAUAGUUGAAGAAGAAACUGAUGAAAAAAUUCCAAAUAUAAUUUAUACAACAACAACAACAUAUCAAAUAAGUGAAACAACAACACAACCACCACAACAAGUAUUACCAUCAUCAUGUACAAAUAAUAAUGAAAUGCAUAACAGUGAACAUGAUAAUGAAGUUGAUGUUACAUAUUAUUAUUGGAUAAUAACUGUUUUAUCAGUAAUUUUGAUAGUAUUUAUUGUGCUUUAUUUAUAUGAAGUAAGAAGAAGAUCAGUGAAUUCAAGAUCAUAUGAUCCUGUUUCACAUACUGAUGAUAAUUUUAAUAGAAUUUUAGCAAUUAAACCAAUUACAACAUAUACAUAUGCAUAUGAAAAUGAAAAAGAGAAAAUAAAUCAAAAUGGUGGAAUUAAAGAAAAUGAAAAAUAGUCAAAAAUGAAUUUUUAAUUUUAGAAGAAAAAUUAAAAGAAAAAUUUAAACAUAAUUUCGAACUGAUUUUUUUUUUUUAUAUAUAUAUUAAAUUCGAAAAGAAAUUUAUUUUAAAUUAUAUAUGUAAAUUUUUCGAUUUAAGAAUUUAAAUUCAAAGUUACUGAUUAUAAUAUAAAUUAAGCGCUUCUUAUAUAAUUAAAAUUUCUCCAAUAUUAUAAAACAAGAAAAGAAAACAUGUAUUUUUUAGCACGUUUACAAAAAAGAAAUUGGAACAAUGCUCAUUAAAAGCAUGUCUGGAUCUAAUUUUUAAUAUAAAUAUAAUUAAAUGACCAUCAAAAAAGUGCAUGUAGCUAUAAAAUGUACAGAAGAUUUUAAAUUUCCACAUUCAAUAUAAA